AUGGGCAAACAAUCAACCAGUAACAACACAACAAAGAAAAAGCAAACCAUCAAACAGAAGAAAAAGAAUGAAGUCAUUGAAAUCACCGAACAAGAUCUAGAAAAACAAGCAAAGAAACAACACGAUCAAUCCGUCAAGAAACAACAAGAAUUGAAUAAGAAGAGAAAUUCCAAAGGAGAUGUUCGUUGCGAUAAAUUACCAGGUCGUUUCUCAAAGGGAAAUAAAAAGUGGCCAAUCGUGACAGGUUACAAGAAUGUAAAUUGUUGUUCUGGAGCUAGUGGAAUAUUCAAGGAAUUGUCACCAAUGAAAUUAGGCCCAUAUGAAUAUGAACAUGGAAGUGAGAAGUGUACAAUUACAAAUUUGGAGAAUUUAUGGCAAUUUUCAAAGGUAUUUCCAGGAGAAGAGGAACAAGUUAGAAAUGAUAAUGGUCAAUUGACCAAAGUUCCAAAUUCUGAGUUUUUUGAAAGAAGAACAAAAGGAUGGAAGGAUGAGAAAGCUCAUAGACAUGUAAAGAGGGAGAAACCAUUGUAUUCAUGGUGGAAGGGAGAGAAAUUUAAUUAUAUGCAAGCUAGAAGGAAAAUUUAUUGUCCACUUUAUGCUGAGAAAGUUGUCGAAACUGAAGCUUAUAAGAAACUGGAAGAAAUGGUCAAUAGUGGAAUGAAUAUUCAAAUUCUUGGAUUUGAUGGAUACAAUUAUGAUGGUAAAACAUUGAAAGAAUGUUUUGAAGAUACAUCCAAACCAUUUGGACAUGAAUUGGUUCUGUGUUGUCUAUUGAAAAAUCAAAGAGUUUGGGAAUAA